GCGAAACAAGGACUUUCUUUUUUUUUGGUUUCCUUUUUUUGAUUUGGAGUUUAUACAGCUGAAGUGUGUAAUGUGCGUUGAAAAAAUUAGUUGAGACGACUGCCGUUGUCUGGUCAAAUAAGACGCAAAACAAAUCAAAUCAAAGUAAAGUGUAGUGAAGUAAAGUGCAAACAAGAAAACCAAAUAGAAGUAACUCCCUUCGCCUGAGCCAUCAAUCCAUGGCAGGUGGAAUUGGGAAGGAAGUGAAUGAAGUGCACUGUCGCAUCGCAUGUCACAUCAAAAGUUUCUACAAAAGUGUGUCCGCGUAAACUGUGAAGUGUGUACUGGGCUAAAAGGCCAAGGUAUUUAAAAAUAAAAAAACUAAACUUUUCUAAAAACAACACCAAGAAGGGAAUAACUGUCAUAAUGAAAUGCCCGGAUCUCUAGUGAUGAGAGUCGUACUGAAUUUAGAAAAUGGUGACAAACUCUUCUGUACGAGUCUCUGUUGUUGUGUGCAUUAAGACGUACUUGUCGUGAAUCGAUAAUGCUCUCAGUGGCAAAGGCAGCCCCAACAGCAGCCGCCAUCUACGCCACAAUUGAAUUUGUUCAUGCUCUCUUCUACCACUUGUAGUAGUCACUUGCAUCUCUCGGACAUCGAUAGCUGUGACAACAUGACAGUGACAAUUUCACACCCGAACAAACGCAUACUCGCGAAUGCUUUCACACACGAGUACGUCACACAAGAUCAUAAAACCAAUUAAAACGUCAACAUCGAACAAAGCCAAACAGCAGCUAACGGCAGCUACUACCAAAGAGACAGGCAACGCGGCAAAACAGACAAGCACGCAGUGGAGACGGGGGUGACACACAGAGCCAUGCUCAUGUGAGUGCGUAUACGUCACGAAUUAAUCGAAUCGAAAGCAUCAGCCGAACAAACACACACACACACGCAUACACAGCUACCGUCGGAGAGAGAGGGAGCUGCCGUAUAGGAGAGGGGCUGCUGCGAAUUAAGAAAAAAAAAGAAGGCAAAAUUGAGCAAGGUUAGGUGACAGAGUGACAGUGCCACCAAAAUCGAAUCAUCGCUGCCAUAGCAGCGGGCAAAUCGCAAAUCAAAGGAAACGAAGGCGAAUGAGUGAGAGCCGAAACACAGCCAUAGUCAUAGCCAUAGCCAAGAGCACAUACAAUAAGAUAACUGACAACAACAGCAGCCAUAACAACAUGAGCCAUGAGUGCGCACAUACACACACACCCACAACCAGGCACCGCCAUCACUUACCAAGCAUUGGGCACUGAAGAAGUCUUCUGAACGAACAAACUCGUAUAUGUGUAUGCACAAACUCACAUACUCGCACACACACACACACACGUAUACAAGCAUCGGCAUCAGAACGCGCGGUUGUUGUCCAUCUAUUUGUCUGUCUGUCAGUUGGUCUGUUGAUAUUUUCAACGAAAAUAAAAUAGAUACAGAUGUCGCCGCUGCUGUUGUUGUUGCAAAGAAUCGGUGCAACGCUCGUUUGAAAAGCGGAAGAUUUUUCGUUAGAGAAUGAGAUUUGUUUUCUGGGGGCUUUUCAGUUAAGAUUUGUUGGUCCACCACAUCCGUCGCAAUAGUCCGGACGUCGCCAACAACGUUUCGAUUCUCGACCGUCGGCAUUGGAUUCAGUGAAUUAUCGACAAACGACAAACGAGUUGUGAGUGUUUAACUUGAACAUAACUCAAAGCAAAUCAAUAUUUUUCUACUCGCCUCUACCAGAACCAGACCAAAGGGAUUAUUUUUGGACCACUUUCUAUAUUUUACAUAGCUCUAUUUUUUCUACAACAAGAUUUACAAAUGACGGAGAUGCAAAGCAACAGUGCCACCUUCUAAACUGAGACUUGAAAAAGUCAAGCUGUGAGAGACUCGAAGAGGUUUCAUCGAUGUUUUGAGACAGGAUUUGAGACAAAAGCUAUUGUGAUAUUUUUUAAGCCCAGAUUUUAGUAUACAAGAGAUUGUAAUGAUGAAGUUUAUUUAAUUGUGCAAGGACAUAAAAGACAUUCGAGCGAGGACACUGCGGCGCCUGAGGUGAGGGCUCUGAGGUAGUAGUAGAGAUCCUGCGUAGGUUGGCUGGCAGCUGUUGGGAAUUGAACGCAGUCGCCAUGUCACAUGGGGGCGGCCAGGAAUGUUUGUAAUAUUUCCAGCUGAAGAUCUCAUCUUGAUGACAUAUGGUGCUGCUAUACCUCGUAUAAGUCCACGACCAACACUCGAUUGCCUACGUGACCCUCAAGUACCCAUUGUUGUACCCGCCCGAAGUUUACCGCCAUCAUCGCCUUCGCCCUCAUCAUCGUCGUCGCCACAUUCACCAAAUCCACUACCUCAGUCUGUGUCCAGUGUUAGAGAGUUCCCCAGUGCACUGCCCGCCCCAUUUCCCCCGAUAACAGCACCUGAUAACAGCAACAGCGUUAGCAUCAUCAGUCAAGGUGAUAUUGUAGACCCAGCAGGAGUAGAGGCCGAGCUGUCAUUGUUGACUGGCGUUUCCAGUCGUUAUCCCUACCCCGGUCGCAGUUUGUUGCCGACAAUCAGCGAACGGAACAGUCCCUCUGUGCACACACCCACAUCGACGCCACCCUCCUCGGCAACUCCUGUUCGACGAAGCUCUCGUUCUUCCCAAAGGAGAUCCAAUCCCACACAGCGAGCACCAAUUGGUUUGCGCCAAAUCGAGGAGGAGCCCCUGAGGGAAUUUCCUCCCAUUUCGAAUCUGAACAUCCCCAUGUAUAAUGAUCUAAACAUGCGAUCCUCACAGCAACAGCAGCAGUAUCCAGAACCAAUGCAGGGUGCCUCGAGGUCAGGUUUCCAGGGUAGCCCCCUGGAGAUUGAAUAUCCCACGGGCUCCCUGCAGCGAAGCCGAAGUCCCAGUAUAUUUCUCGAACCAUCUACGCCGGACCCCACGCAACCUCGCUUGGGGCCCGGCUGGGGACGGCCCAUGUCGCCCAUGGACCUACCCCCCGAACCAUCUACCUCGCAAAAGUCGCCAUCAAGCAAAUCUCGCUUGAGGCCAAAGCUCCACAUACCUCUCGGCCGUUUGGGCCGCUCCACAUCCAGCGAUCAAAGAGAAUCCUAUAGACUGCGCGAAGAUUUGGAGCUGCAAGUGGAGAACCCCGUUUUCAAUACGGAGAACCUGAGACAGCGCAAUUUUGAUGCUUUCUUCGAUUCCGGCGAGCCGGUCUAUAAGUUGCAGCCCAAAACUCCCUUCUCCACAUCGAGUGAAUCCUCGCCGGGUGGUGGCAAGCUGUCACCUGCUCUUGACAACUAUGCCGGUGUUUACGACUCAUCGCCGCGCAAGGGCCGUGGCGCCAACGCCGGAGGACUUUUUGCCCGCUCCAACAAGGAAGACCAGAGACAGCCAGAACCCCGAACGAAGAGCUCCGAGUACUACGACCCAGCGCGGGAAGUUCGAUCGGCGUCGGUGGACCCCGCAUCAGUCAGUAUGGCCAGUGGCGGUGUCAGCACCAGUGGUGUUCCCCAGAAAGAUUUCUUGGGAAAAUCUUCAAGUGGUCCAAAAAGUCGUAACUUCUUUGGGUGGAGGGGACCACUGCGUGGCUCCCCAAGCCCCAAAACUAGUAUGGCGUCCCAUACUGGUGUGCUUAAGGAUUACGGACAUAGUAGUUUAAAUGAGGCUUUCAAAUCCCACAAUAAUGUCAACUUCAAAUUGAUUAAAACCGUUUCUGAUUUUACCGAAACCCUUUCCCAUCUGUAUGAGGACCAUGCAACUGCCCUACAAACCCUUGUCACCAAUUAUCGUAAAAAGAAUGCUGAACUUAGGAAAGAAAGACCCGCCUGCCAUUUGUCAAUUUUCCAAGCUUGGGAAACAUUCCUACAAGAAGUUGAGACGGACUCACAAGCAUCGAAUGAUGUGGCCCAUGUUCUAUAUCGCCAGGUGUCACGACCAAUGCUCGAUAAAUCCUUUCAUCGCAAAGUUCAAAGCCGGAAAAUAUUUACACACAGGGAGUCCUUUGAAACCAUUAUUGCCAAGACUGAAGAGAAAUUAUCAAAGUGUCGCCUGGACUAUAAGCAAUGCUAUGUGGCACAUCGUCAAAAUGCCACCCAACAAUCGCUGACGGAGUACAUUGAUGCGCAUAAUGCGUACGUGCAACAAUUGCAUGCCACAAAUGCCAUGCUCGAGACGUACCAGUGCGAAACGGUGCCACAGUUGAUGCAGGAGCUGGAGGAUAUCCAUAAUGACUUAUGCAGUAUUAUUGCCGACUCCCUACAGCAGGGGGCUGAUGUUAUGGCCAACAAGGCCUCCGAUCAAGCAAGACGGUACUCAAGUUUAACAAGUCAAUGUGCUACUGUAUCACCCGUACAAGAUUUAACCAAUUUUGUGCGCAUUCUUCCACCACUUCCUACUGCUGCCCAACGGGUGCAGAAGCGGCCAUUUGCUCCAGCGGCGCCUGUUGAACAAGAAGACAAUGGCGAGCAUAGUGAAAUGGCACCUGCUUUGCGCAAUGAGUUGGUGUUCGAUCGCCAUUCGUCGGCAUCACUUCGCGUGGCCUUGGAAUCCUUAAAGCGAGAGGCAAUGGAUUUAGAAAUGCAAAUAAGACAGCUACAGGAUGCCAUUGAUGUUCUGAAUCGCCAACAAAUUCGUGGAAUUGAGGGACAAUUAUUCAACAAAGUCAACGAAACACAAGAGGAUCUUUCAAUGAGCAAAUUUGAUUUACGUGCCAAACAAUUGCACCUCUCUGCCAUUCGUGCACAGAAAGAGUUGUUCGUGAGCAAACUCGAUCCGGGGUCACCGCGCGGCGAACGUAAACUUUCGGCAGCCACUGCGCCAUCGAUGAAAACAAAGUGGCUGAAAGCAAUUAAAAGCCUAAAGCCGGCUUCUGGUUCAGCAGUACAGUCAGACAGACGUAAUGGUGCCGGAGGGUCCUCACAGCCAUUGCGACCCAACGAAGAUGGCAGUCAUCACCUGCAGGAAUACACCUACAAGAAGAUAACAGCCUGCGAUGUGUGCUCACAGAUAUUAAGAGGACAUACACGUCAAGGUCUACGCUGCCGAAUUUGUAAGCUCAACGCUCACGGUGAUUGUGCCUCACAGUUGCCUCGUUGCCAACCCAAACAGAAAUUAUUGAGACGUCAGAAAAGCACCUCGGAAUUGGAAAAUCGUGUUGAUGUUGAAGAAGAAACUGAUAAAUCCGUCCAGAAUGCGGCAAAAGAUGGCCUAUCCCAAAGCGACAUCCCCAUUGUAAAUGUGCCUGAGUGUCCCGAGCGUAGCGAUCGUCCAUCAGCCAUGGGAGCAGGCGGUUCAUCAGCAAGCGGUCGACCCGUCCGCAGUGGUGUGAGACCACCGCCCGUACAUAUGCCCAUUUUGGGUGUCCAAUUGCAGCAGCAGGAACUAUCGCAGCAAUGGUGUGGAACAGGUCUCGGAGGAGGAGGAGGACUUCCAGUGCCUACACAAGACAUUUCUAGUAGUUCAGCUCCCCAUUCGCCGAGAAGACAAAAAUUGAAUUUACGCAUGAAAUCACUGAGCUUGGACUCGCCCGAGUCAUCGGAGCUACAUGGGCAAAUCAGACGUAGACAACCACCGGUGCCAGGUCCAUCGGCGGGAGCCGCAAGCAGUUACUAUCACGGAGGUUCAGGUGGUCACUUAGAGCACAGUACACCGCCAUCCAAUAAUAGUCGUUUGCAUUCACCCUCGAGCCCGUCUCAUCAAGGACGUAAACUACUCUAUGCCAGCCGUGGAAUGCGAGGAGGCAGUGUCGACUUGCCCGACGAAAUGGAAAAGUCACAAUCAUCGGCCAGUACUUCGCCAUGUCCCUCCCCCAAAUCUCAUCGACUGCUGCCCACAAACCUAUAUGUGAUUCUGUAUAACUUUAAGGCACGCCAUACCGAUGAAUUGGAUCUUAAGGCUGGCUACAAGGUAACUGUCAUCGACACUUCGGACCCUGACUGGUGGAAGGGGAAAGUGUUGGGACGCGUCGGCUACUUCCCCUCCAAAUACUGUGUCCGCCUGAAUGCCAAUGAGAAACCUCUCCAGGUCACUCACAACCUGCAAGUUUCCGAUGGAGAGCGGGGCGAAAAUAUGACCCUGCUACGGGAUCAAAUUGUAAUACAGACUGGAGACGAGGUGAAUGGCAUGGUGAUGGUUCGGUCAGCUGACAAUCGCCAGGGCUACUGCCCGAUCAAAUAUUUGCAAGAAGUGUGACAACCAGAAGAGACAGCAAGCGAACGUGACAAACCGCCUCAGAAGUCGUCCCUGUCCUCCAAGGUGAUGGACAAGGGCAAUCGCAGAAUACGCAUUGUGGUCACCGACAGUAAUGGCGGCACUCAGACAACCUACAAGAACAUCAGAGGCAAGGAGAAGAGCGAACCGAAGAACACCAAUGUCGACUACAAUGGCGACUAUGACUUGACCAAGACGCUGACGUUCUGCUUGGAUGGCAGUGGACGCAGCAAAAACGACAAGAACUGGGAAAAUUGGGAACGUAUUAGGGAACAGAAACUGGAGCGCAUGAAGAACAUCUGCUUUGAAAGUUAUCGUCAGUCGAAGAGGGAUAGAAUGCAUCUGGCGAAGCCAAAACCGCGACAACUGGACCCGACCUGGUACACCGAUAAUAUCUACUCGAAUCGAUCGGAAGACUUGGACGACGAGUAUAUACCCGACUGCCUCAAGUAUGGGCGCGUGGGCAAGCUGAGGAAUAUACGAGAAAACGAUGAGCUGUUCCUGGAAGACGAAUUCGUGGGCACUGUUUAUGAAAGUGGCGGUGGCACCGGCAUUGGGGGUAUAAGAGAGAGAAGGGGGGAGGGCGAAGGUUCUGCCGGCUAUGGCCUGCAGCGCUCAAUUAGCUGCAAAGAAUUCCAUUAUCCCAAAUCUCAGAGCUGUUCCUUUGCCGAUCGUUCGUACGACGAGGGAGUGGGUGCUUCGCCCCCUCCACCCGCUCCCUCGAUGCCGCAUGCUCCCAUGACGUCGAUAUUGAAAAACAAAGCCAAUGUGCCAAAAUCCUACUCGUUCAGCGCCUCAACCAAAACCACUCCCUUCGAUGUGAUGGACUAUGAAGUGCCGCCCACGGUGGGGAAGUCGCGCCGCGAGAGACAUGAGGCAUUUCGCAAAUCUAUGGGUUACCAUUGCAGUAAUAGCCUGGACGAGUCGGCGCUAUCAUCGGCGCAAGACAUGCACGUGUGCUGUGCCCGCGAGCAAUGCACCAACGCCAAGUGUCUGCUGGAUGACAUUUAUUCGGAUGGCUUUGCCACGGCUCCGCGCAGACCAUGGCGAAGGAUUGCCCCUUCGUCAUCGUCAAUGUCUGGGUUCUAUGGUGCUAGUGUCAGUGGUGGUAGCAACAGGAACUUGCAUGAUUUAGACUGGUGGGAGGAUCGAAGUAAUCAUCGUGUGGCAACGGCUUCCCGCUACUCGCUGCUCUCAGGUGUCUCAGGAUCGCAACGUGAGCAGCCUUUGCCGCCGCCACCUACGGUGAUUUGUUGUUGUGCCGCCGAUGACUAUUGCUACCACCACCAACAACAGUACCAUAUGGCCAGAUCUCUACAACAGCAGCAGCUCCAACAACAGCAGGCACCACCUCUUCCCCGCUCGCGUUAUCACUGCCCCAGCCAUCAUCCUGCUGCCGAAGAGGAGGAGCACAUGCAUUGCCGGGCCAUGGCCUAUGACACGGACUUGGAUCACUUCAUACGCGACGAGAGGGAGCGUUUGCUGAUGCAAGACAAAUUUCUAGACGAAGACGAGAGAUACUUGUCAUCGGGAGCUCCUAGACGCCAUUACAACGCCUACAGACGCCCUACCAGAAGUAAAUCACUGCUCGAAGUGCAGCCACCCAGUCGCUAUGACGAAGACUCCUGCUCGGACACCACCGAAAUGGAUCUGCAAGACUUUAACAUUGACUUGGAGAAGUACUGGGAGGAGCUGGAGAAACCGCCCAGUCCCAUCGAUUUGGACAUGCAACGCCGCAACAUGCACAGCAACCUCAAGGUGAAGAACGUCAACGUUGGAUGUUACAACAAUGGCCAACCCAUAGAUUUACACGAUCGUGAACAGGAACGCAUGAUGAUUAAGAAGUCCCUGCUCGAAGGCAUGCCCUCGCCGCCACAAGUCGACCAUCCCUCUGCAUCUGCUUCACUGCCCACGGACGCAAACAGUGCCUCAAACACCUUUCAUUUUUUUGAACAGCCUGGCUCACCCCUACACCGCCCCUUUAACUACGGCCACAAAGUCUAUCCCGCUGCCGAAACCCUGCCAACCUAUCAGUACAACAACUUCUAUCCCGAAGAUGUGCAAACCCAACAGCCCACCUGCACUGGACACCACCCUUCGGCCAGUGGCCACUCGGCCCUGAAUUUGAUCAACAACAUCUUCUCCAUUUACAAGCCCAACAAGUACGCCGCUCAGAACUCCUCCCACUAUAACAACGAUGCCAAACCCGAGCCUUGCAAGAAAAUGAAUGUGCCCAGCACCAGACGUCCUCUGGGUGCGCCCCACUCCCAGUAUAUGCACUCCAUGAAACGGCCCCUCAUUGUUAGCACUGAGCAGCCGCACUUCAAGAUCAUACCCGAGAAGACCGGCCUCAAGAUAUCGCCCUUCUACAACUACAACGACCCCGACAUGGAGGAUAAGCCACAGACCCGACUGAAGCUAACCAGCACCGCACGCCCACUGAUGCUUCCGCACUGAUGGUGCUGGACAUUUCCGUGGUAUGGGGGUUGCUAGUGUCUACUACACUGGCGCCUUUGGCGCCGUCAAUAUCACCAUCAGCGGCUCUGUGGAUCAAAAACGUUUCUGCUCAACAUCCACCUCAUUACACAGCGGCAUAGGCCAACUUCAAUCAAUCUCACCUUCCUUGCAAAUCUUGCCAAAGUCUUUGCAUGAAUUGUUCCCUCCAUCAGACAACCGUCGAAACACUUUACAUCCUUUCCUGUUCCUGUUCUUGCGACCAACAGGAGAAACCGCGGCAUUGGAGAAAGGAAUUUUUCUCAAAAUCCAAAGACUUUCUCACCUUUUUUUCAAUUUUUUUUUUAAUUUCGUGCAGUGAAUUUGAAUGGCACCCGCGAAGACCCGCAAAAGAGACGUUGUAUUUUGAUUUAAAAAAGAACAAGAAGAAGAAGAAGAACAAUAACAAAAAGAAGACGUAAAAUAAAAGCAAAUUAACAUACCAUUGGAAAUGACAACCAUUCUAUUCUUAUCUUUCCCCAAACCAAAGCAAAAAAGAAAAAAUCUGCAAUUUGUAUAUAAACAACAACUACCACGACUAGACUGGAGGCAGGACAAAAAUAAGAUGGCAAAGCGAAUGCCGGCCCAAAACACACACAAAAAAAAAUGUGAUGACUGAUUAACUUCUCGAAAAACACCGACACACUCACACAUACACACACACACGACGGUACACACCCAGGUGUACUGUAUCCUUCCAGGUACUAACGAUAACUUUCAAAGAAAGCUACAGCGCAAUAGACGAUCACAAUCAUAACAAUGAUGCUGAUGGUGAUGGUAUGACUGAAGGUGAUGAAUGAUGGCACACCCACACUGUUAGUGUGUGUGUGUGUAUGCUCAUCCCAUCAGUACCACUCACUGGCCUGGCCUGGCCCAAUGCCCAGAUGUUCCACAUUUCAAUAUAUAUCAUCCAACAAUGGAAACACGCUCAAAUAAUCUCCAAUAUUUACAACCAACAAACAACCUAUACAUACCAAACCAAAACCAACAAACAAUCAACUAUAUAUAGUAUUAAUAAACUCUCAACUAAAGUAUAUUUGUAAGUAACGAAAUAUUAUAUUUACACACAACCCAUUUAGGAGAAUUUCUUCAAUUAAGAGCAGAUGAAAAUAUAACAAAUAAACAAAGAAAAAAUUGAUUUACUAUAACUGAGAAAAAUAGAAAAUAAAACCAAAAACCACACACACACACACCCACACAACUACAAUUACAACAAAAACAAAAACAUUUCGAUUUUAUUCCAAUUUAAAACUCCAAACUCUUGGUCAAAAGAUGCAACAACAUUUUAUCCAAACCAACAGCAGCCGUAGCAGCAGUAACAACAAACUUUUUUCGAAGAAUUUUUUCAUAAACUUUUUCUAUUUUUAUACCAUAAUGACAACAAUUUAAAGAAAAACCAAAAAAAGGAAUUAAAAACCCGCAAAUGAAAACGUAAAACAAAAUUCAACUCUAAAAACAAACAAACUUAUACAACAGACUAACACACACACACACACACACACAAGAAUCUCUCAAUAUUUGCAAGUUAAAUGUGCUUUUACAGCGAUAGGCAAUGUUUUGGUAAUGGCAUCAAUCUACGAAGCUGAUGCUACUGAUAUUUCAAUGUCCUUGAAAUAUCUUCACUUGCAUUUGCUUGCAUGCGUGACUUUCUCUGAAAGUAAAGAAUCCCUUUUACGCACACACACACACCCACACUAAGAUAACAGCUUGUAUUGCAUUGGACUGUAACAGCUGUUACAAAUACACCCACUAACACCAAUAAGCGACGACCACUGCAACAUAACUCACGCAUUUCACCCACCAAUGCAUUGAACCUGUAAUGAAACAAGCACUCAGUUCCAGUUGAAGUUCAAUGCGUUUCCCAAUGCCCUACAGGAUAGCAACAGCAAAUUAGUAGCGCCCCCAAGGCGAAAGGGAAAUCGAGUUAUUCAUGAUAUUCAACCACUUAAGAGCUCUGUUCUCUCAUGCAGCGAACAGUUGCAAGCCCCGCACGCCAACUGUGUCCAAAAACCAAACAUCAAUUAGGAUAAAUUUCUCAGUAUUGCCAUUUGAAGGUGAGCAUAGAAUUUUAGGCAAUUUGGCCAUAAAAUUGAUUCGUCUGUAAAAUUAUUGAAUUUUUUAUCAAGCGAUAGUGUUGCUUUUCAGAUUGACUAACAAGUAUGUCAACUAGUAGUAGCGACUACGAUAUCUAACAAAAUUAAUUUCAAAGAAAAUUUCGAUUAAAUUCCAACUUUUUAGGAAAUUUGAUUCCCAUAAAAAUUUUGCCCUCUACAAGAGUUCACUACUCCUGUGGGAUGAUAUUGACGUUAUUGGUUAUUAAUAUUCCUAAUGUGCCAUAACAUCGAAAUAAGUUUUUAGUGGCAGUUAAUAUUGCUGCUCAUCUUCUGUAGAAAGCCUAGUUUGGUACUUCUUUUAGUUUUAUAUUCAGAGUAUAAACGAAAAGUCUUUGCAAAUUUCAUUUCAAACCUGAGAUGUGUUGUACCAAAAUUAAAAAAAAAAAAACAAGCAAGAGCGUGCUAAGUUCGGCCGGGCCGAAUCUUAUAUACCCUCCACCAUGGAUCGCAUUUGUCGAGUUCUUUGGGCGAUAUCUCUUUUUAGGCAAACAAAGAAUAAUGAAUAAGGACGGAGCAGGAAGACGAGGAGGAGGAGGAGGAGCAAUAUCAAAUUAAAGUCAGAUUCGGACCAUAAAUGAAUUGAAUGCUGAACAUUGCAGAAGUCAUUGUGUAAUAUUUCACUCCACUGGGAUAAGAAUUGCCCCUUGUAGGGGCUCAAGAAUCAAAAUCGGGAGAUCGGUUUACAUGGGAGCUGUAUCAAGCUAUUGAUCGAUUAAGACCAUAUUAGACACGUAUGUUGAAAGUCAUGAAAGAAGCCGUCGUACAAAAUGUCUGCCAAAUCGGAUGAGAAUUGUGCCCUCUAGAGCCUCAAGUCGAGAAGGCAAGAUCCGAGAUCGGUUUAUAGGGCAGCUAUAUCAGAUUAUGUACCGAUUUACGUCAUACUUAGCACUGUUAUUGAAAAUCAUAACAAAACUCCUAAUGGACAAUUUCAGCCAAAUCGUAUGAAAAUUGCGCCCUCCAGCGGCUCAAGAAGUCAAGAUCCAAGAUCGGUUUAUAUGGCAGCUAUACCAGAUUAUGAGCCGAUUUGAACCAUACUUAACACAGUUGUUGCAAGUGAUACCAAAACACCACGUGCAAAUUUUCAGUCAAAUCGGAUGAGAAUUGCUCCCUCUAGAGGCUCAAGAAGUCAAGAUCCAAGAUCGGUUUAUAUGGCAGCUAUAUAAAAACAUGGACCGAUUUGGCCUAUUUACAAUGCCAACCGACUUACACUAAUAAAGUUUUUGUGCAAAAUUUUAAGUAGCUAGCUUUACUCCUUCGAAAGUUAGUGUGCUUUCGACAGACGGCGGACGGACGGACAGGCGGACAGACUUGGGUAGAUCGACUUAAAAUGACAGGACUAUGUAUACUUUAUGGGGUCUGAGACGCAUAUUUCGAGGUGUUACAAACAGAAUGACGAAAUUAGUAUACCCCCAUCCUAUGGUGGAGGGUAUAAAAAAAUUAAUGCUAAUCGGCAAACAAAAUUAUGUUGGUGUUUUUUUUACAAAUCUAAAAUAUUUACUAAUUAUGUUUACUUAUCAUUUAUUUAGUCUAGCAUAUCCACAUAUGAGGUUCUAAUCCUGGCGGGAACAUCAGACAAAUAUUUUCAUCUUUGGCUGAAAAUAUGUGGGGAUUUUUCAGACGCGGCAAUAAAAACAAACUAAAACUUUAAUUAAACAGCAAUCAUGGGUAAAUUCGAAUUUUUACCCUCUACCAUACUUUGUGGGGUAAACCAAUUUCGUUAUUCCGCUUGUGACACGUCGAAAUACUGAUCUGAGACCCAAUAGAGUAAGUUCUUAGUCUAUUUAACCCUGACCGUCCGUAUAUUGAAAGCACGCUAACUUUCGAAGGAAUAAAGCUAGGCGCUUGAAAUUUUGCACGAAUACUUUCCUUUAGUAUGAGACGAAUGGUAUUGUAAAUGGGCUAUGUCGGUCCAUGUUGUUGUUGUUGUAGCCACAUUUGGAAGUGAAGUUGACGAGCAAGCUCGUUACGGUCGAUACGACCGAUCGCAGCGGAAAUAUGUUGACCAUUGGUUAUUUUAAGGGGGUCUUGUCGUACCGAGCAUCAUAGGGACUCAUUAUUUAAGCAAUAGCCGGUGCCAUCCGGCCACUCACUGAGACUCUCCACUCGAUAUCGCUGAUUGUCCGCGACUACAGUUGAAGCUACUCCGUUUGGAGUAGCGUCCGGGAGCUCUCAGCCCAUCUUCUCGUAAUAACGAAGAACACCACACAAAUUGAAGUUCAAAGUUCAAGCCUGUGUGAUGCUCAUAGUUAUCCCGUACCGGGCUCCAUGUUUUGAUAUAGCUCCCAUAUGUUUAAAUGGAAUCUUGACUUCUUGAGGCGCUAGAGGGCGAAAUUCUUAUUCGAUUCGACUGUUUUGGGUUCCAACAACUGUGCAAGGUAUGGUCUUAAUCGGUUAAUAACCUGUUAUAGCUCCCAUAUAAACCGAUUUUGGAUCUUGACCUCUCGAACUGCUACAGAGCGCAAUUAUUAUCCAAUUUCGCUGAAAUUCUGCAUGAAGUGUUAAAUUUUAGUUUUUAACAACUGCGCCAAGUAUGGUUUAAAAUGAUUCAUAACCUUAUUAAGCUUCCAUAUAACCUUCCAUAUGUUGACUUCUUAUGCCUCUAGAGGGAGCAAUUAACACUCGAUUUGGCUGAAAUUUAGCAUGAGGUGUUUUGGUUUGACCAUCAACAACUGUGCGUAGCUCCCAUAUAAUCCGAUUUCUGUGGUUUGUUUUGACUUACAAUAACUGUGCCAAUUAUGGUCUAAAAAUUGGUCAACAACUUGAUAUAGCUCCCACACAAACUCAUCUCCUGAUUAUACUUCUUGAGUCACUAUGCGGAGCAAAUCUUCUCCGAUUUGGAAUUAAAAUUUUGCACAACCACUUCUUCCAUGUCCUUAAAGAUAUGUGUUAAAUAUGACCCGAAUCGGUCCAUAACCUGCUGUAGCUCCCAUAUAAACAGAUCUCCCGACUUUUUCUUGGCCCACUAUAGGACGCAAUUCAUAGCCGACAUGGCUGAAAUUUUGCACAAUGACUUCGACUUUGGUCUCCGACAGCCAAACUAAAUAUGGUCCCAAUCGGUUCAUAGCUUGGUACAGCUCAAACAGCAUAGCAAUUAUAUCGAUUAUCCUUUGUUUGCCGAUAAAAUCCCUGCCAUAACACCAGAAAAAAUUUUCAGCGGUGGUUAUUCCCUUCUCAUGCUGGCGACACUUGUGGGGUAUUUUCUUUUAAAUAGUGCAGCUCUGCGGCAGGCCAUUUGUACUCAGCAAUACAAAAGAAAUUCCCUCAUCAUUGAGUUUAAACUUGCAUCAGACAGCAAUCAUUGAUAUCAGAGAAGCAUUCCCGCUAUUCCUCAUGUUCAUGCAAAUUAGCAAUUACACAACCACUACUCUCUACUAAUAUAUAUGAUAUCUUGAAUUUUUUUUAUCUUAUUAGUAUCUAUAGCCACGGCAAUUGAUGCGGUGUUAUGUUGAGUGCAAUUGAUGAGGUGUUAUGUUGAGUUGGAGGUCACCGUAGCCCAGAGGUUAGCAUGCCCGCCUAUGAUGCUGAACGCCUGAGUUCGAAUCGUGGCGAGAACAUCAAAUCAAAUGUUCAGCAGUGGUCAUCCCCUCCUGAUGCUGACGACAUUUGUGAGCUAUUAUGCCAUGAAAAGAAGCCACGUAACAAAUUCUCCCCCAAAAAAGGUGUCGCACUGCAGCAAGCCUUUCGGACUCGGUUACAAAAAGGAGGCCCCUUAUCAUUGAGCUUAAAUUUGAAUCGAUCGGAACUCAUUGAAAUGUGAGAAGUUUGCCCCUGUUCCCUAAUGGAAUGUUCAUGGGCAACUUUGCAUUUUUUUAUGGUGAGCACACUGAUAUGAUUGGCAUGCUUCGAGUUCCACCGCUUUUGACAUCGUCUUUGCCCAUGGCUGUGUUAUGAGUGAUUGUAAGACGAGUAUGGAAACACCGCAUCAACACAACAAAUUGACUCGAAUCAUAAUUGCGGUCUUGCUUUUGCAGCGAUGAGAAAGCCAAUUUAUUUUACCAAAUUUAUAUUAUAAUAUUGCUUAUGUUUAAUCUAGUUCGUUCCUGAAUACUAGUUUUCAUAAGUUUUUGGGAUUUUUUUUAAACAUUCCUUUGUAAAAAAAAUUGCGGCGUUUGCGUUAUGUUUGGCAAACACCCUACAUACCACCGCAUAUACAAUUGUUUAAACUCACACGUGACUCGUUUGCUUCAAAGCGAUACAUACACAUACACAUUAGCACAACAACAAAAUUAUUUGUGGUGUAUAAAAUGCGUUUGUGUUGUUUCAAAAAGACAAAUAUUUUUCCGGAGCACCGCUGUAGAUCUCUGGUUCCAAUACUGCUAAAAAAAAUUAAUACCCGAUUUGAGUGUUACAAAAUAAUUCAAAUACGGAGUUAAUAACGGCAAAUUUUUAGCGGUAUCCAUGGUAGUGGGAACUCAAGAUUCUGCUUAUUAAAAAAUUAUACGGAUAGACUCAUUUUUAGCCCGGCGAUGAAUUUAAGAGUUUUUUGAAUGGAAAAAAUAGCUUGGGCUGCGAAAGGCGCACUUGAGGAUCGAGUUUAAUUUUUUUCUUGUUCGAUGGUGCUUGCACAAUCCUACAAAAACAUGGUUAAAUCUUAUACUGUACAAGAUAUAAGCCAUACACUAUUUUUUUGAAAUUUUCGCCAAAAGCGGUUCAAAUUGAAUAACUAAAAUUGCAACGCAUGUGUGUUGUACACUAUAAGAGAUAGAAUUAGAUAGAAGGGACUUUUCGGUUGCAAAUUCGAAGCGAAUCAUUGAUAUCGCCACAAUACAGACCAUACGGUUCAAAGAAGAUUCAUAGAGCUUGGCUCAACCUUAACAACCAAUACCGUUUCAACACAUUUAGCUUAUAUUCAUAAGUGUUCACAUUAUCUAAAUACAUAUAUGCAUACUUGAAACUUUCCGAUGAUUCAGAUAAUUUGCAAAUGGUUUGCACUUUGUAUAACUUUACACUUAAUCCCUUCACUUUAGGUUACAUUACCUACACCCAAAAAAUAAGUUUGCUGAUAUCAGCAAACAUUGUCUGCUGCUUUUAUAUUAAUUUUUUUUUUUCGUUUAAAGAAACUCUUUAAAAUUUUUGAACAUCUAAACAACCGUUAAGGCAUUUUCUAUGUUACCAUGUAAAUUAUACGCUAUUUGAGGCGUAAAUUUUUCUUUUCAAAUCAAAAGUAUGAAUUUAGUAGAUACUUUGUUUGCUGUUAUUUGGAAUCAGUAAACCAUUAUUAAAUCGUAGAAGGUUUGGUAAAUUUGUUUUCUAAAAACCUAUAGCUUUAAAAGAUAAGCUGUAAUACACAAGUUUUGGAAGUAUUUUGGACAUUCUAAGGCUAUCAUCAACAUUUUGCUGUCUGAAAACAGCAGAAAAUGUUUCCUUUCCCAUCAAGGAAUUACUGCUGUCCCAUUUUCAGCUUACUUUUUGUUGCUGUUUUUACGAACAAAUUUCGUUGAGUGCACGUAAUUUUCCGUCCUUAAGGGUAUGCGAAAGUCGUUGUUGGCGAAUCAUCAUUUCAUUCCCCUUUCAUACACACUUCACUUCACACAGAUACGAAUGAAGUUAACCAAGCGAACAAAUAAACAAACACAAAAACACUCUCAACAUGGAUGUGUGCAUAUCAACGAAUAAAAAAUAAAAUAAAUAAAAGUUUAUAAAUAUUCUGCAACUGAAAAUGAUUAAGCAAACAAAUUAAACGCAAAACAAAAACUCAAACAUACAGACACACCCCCUCAGACUCUCACACAACACAAACAUGGAGAAAACACACGUAUUUAUAUGAAAAAAAGCACUAUUAUUAUUACAACAACAACAACAGCAAAAAAGAAUUAAGUAUUGUUAGUAUACUUGUGAGCACAGUUAAAUUAAAAUUGUAAAUGUAUUUUAAGCCAGAAAAAAAAACCAAAAGUAAAAUUUACAAAGAACAGAAACUCAAACACACACAACACAGCCACACUCCUCACACUGUUUGAUGCAGGGAUUUGAGCUGCAGCCGAAGGAUGAUAAAACUACAGAUAAACAGAAACUUGGAAUGUUCAGGAGUUGCCAGAAACUUAGCAAUAGAUUAAGCCUUUUUAAGAAUUCAAAAAUUUAAUACAAUUCAAGAAAAUGGAUUUGCCAAUGGUCUUACUAUGUGAUGCAUAGUGACCUACAACCUAUAGGAAAAAAUUUAGUUUUGUAUUUUCUUCAAAUACUGAAUCGAUAGUCAUACGAAUUGUAAAUCGAAACAGUGAUGUUAAAUUUGUGAUAGUGAAUGCGAUUAACUUUAUUGUAGGAAGCCAAUUACACGUGCAAUCAAUAUAAAUGGAAAUUGCCAGAGUUGGAAUGAAAAUUUCCUAGGGCAAAUGAAUUCGUAAAUGUGAAUUUCAUUGGUACAAAGUGGCAUGUAACCUGCUGGAAUAAGCUAAUUAAGUAACACCCUAAUGUCAUUUUCUCUCUCCUUGGCUCAAAAAAAAAGAAACACAAACCUUUUUAGAGAUUUAACCCAACUCGGCAUUACUUUUAGUUGACUUCGUACACUAAGGAUGAAUAUAGCCUAAGCUAUCAACUUUGCAUUGCCUAUAGCCUCGAGUCUUACAUUGGCAAAGAAAUUGUUUACAAAUUUUGACUACGUUUCAACAACUGGUGGAAAUUGACUAGUAAAAGUUGGGGUCUGAACAAAAGAUUAAUCAACUACUGCUUCUUCAAGUCUUAGCGUAUACUAGCGUAUAUGCUAUUAUGUGGCCAUGGUCAUUAUUGUUCAAUUUAUACCGAUAUAUGCUGAUCUGCAUUCUAUGUUUUAGUUUCAUUGUGGAAAUAAAUAGUUUGGAACUAAAAUGUUAUGCCAAACUAUAAAAAUCGUUAACUUUGUCACCGUAGAAGUAAUCUGUAGGUUGAACGGUCUUCUGGUUCUAAAAUUUGCAAGUAACUUCGUCCUACACUGAAGAAAUAUCAUAAAAUUUUUUUCAAUUAAAAAUUUAAUUGAAAAUAACAAUUUUAAUUGAAAAAUUAAUUGAAUCAAUCAUUUAUUAAUUAAAUCCGGUUAUUUUUUUCUAUUACAACCGUGAUUGAAAUUUUGAAAAUUUUUAAUUAAAAGACUAACUGAUUUAAAAUUGUUUUUAUUUGAAUUUGAACUUUUUUUCAAUAACGAUCGUGAUUGAAAUUUUUGACAUGUUCAAUUAAACAUUAAUUGAUUCAAUCAUAUUUUUAAUUAAAUCUUAACAAAUUUUAUUGAAAAUUUAAUCUGUUUCAAUCAAAACAGCUGAUUUUAUAGAGGGAAAACAGCUGUUUUCAUUAAAUUGGCGAACGAAUCGAGUGGUAAAAAGAAAAAAAUAUUAGUGGUCUAGGUAGUAAGUUCUUUCAAUCUUUUUGUUGACAGAAUUGCAAAAUUUUUAGACCCAACAUCUGUUUUUGAAAAAGUCUAGCCGCUCAAAAUUUUGAUAAAUACUUUUUAUAUAUACAAAAGACAAAACUCCUCAGCUACCUUUUUAAAUUUCCAGACACAAUUCUAAUCUUAUUAAUGAUCAAAAUAUGGAUAUUAAUGGCAUAAUGGCUCUUUUAGAAUCGAUCUGAUAAUGACAUAUUCUAGAUAAUUGUGUUUCUGAUGGGUUUACUUACCGAAUGCAUGAAAUUCAUAAAGUUACUGCCUCGCUUCUCUUUCUUUUAUAAUUCGGAAAACAAUCAUUUCCGUUUAAUUUUUGGAAAAGCCCCCAGAGGUGUUUUGUUUCAAAUUCGUGUUGCAGGAGUUUGACAUAUGUGAACCAUGUUGCAAAGAAAUCAAAGGUGCGCCCUAUUCCGCGCGCUUUUCGCAAAAAUUUUAAUAUUUGAAUAUUUUUAAUUUAAUUUUUAAUUGAUCCAAUUAAAAAAUUAUUUGGUUAAUAACUAUCGAUAUCGAUGCAAAAAUUAAUUUUUGAUAGUUUGCCAUCUCUAGUCACUACCUUAGUAUCACAAUGGACUAAAAUAGAGUGAGUCUAUUUCGAAUAUAAACCGCCACUAUAACCUACUAAAUCGAGCUCUCCCCGCGAAAUAAUGUAAACGAAAAAAUCCAAAUUAUUUAGGAAACGGUUUUUAUUGAAUAGCUUUCGAUAUAUUUGCCGUUAAAAUAUUAAAGCAUAUUUACGAAAAUAAAAAAUAAAUUUUUGAAAUAUUUGCUUUCAUCAUUUUUGGCAAUCACGAUGGAAGGUUAGUUCUCAACAAAAUGGCAGUUGAAAUCGGUUCACCUUUAGAUAUAGCUCCCAUAUAUAUGUUCGCGUGAUAUUCACUCAUAUUGGAAUAAAUUUGGUACGAAAAAUUUGUUUAUGACUUUUGAGAAUUUCACGAAAACGUUUCGGAUAUUCAUGUUAUGGCAAGCGGAUUUAUGAUCACACCUUCGUCAAAGUUUUCACAAUGUCUUCUUCUUCUAUGACUUCUACUAUAUUUAUGGAAUUUUUCAAUAUCGGUUCAGAUUUGCGUAUAGCUUCCAUGUUUAUGUUUUAACUAAUAUUGCAGCAAUGUGAUCAUAUGUCCACCGACAGUCACAAAUUUGGUUCGUAAAAUUCUUUUAUGAUACUUUCUUCUAUGUGGAAGGAAUGGAAGGAGUUUCCGAUCAGAUACCUGAGAAGACAUUUGAGGUGUAAUGCGAGGCACUGCUGCCCAUUCUUUGAAUGACGGAACCCUAGUAUUACCAUCUGGAAGCUCAUGUUACACGGAUAGGCCAAAGCUAGAGGACAGAGUGGGUCUGGAAGUCUACAUUGAGAACCCAGGAACUGAGAUCUUUUUUAUACUGCCUGACCAUAACACGGUCCUGCAGGUAGAAAACUAAGAGAUCACGAAAUGCGUGAGGUGGUGUGGUUUUUACGGACAGGAAACAGGCCAUAAGGGCAAUAACAACCAGGACGGUAAGAUCACGAACAGUCUUGUAGUGUAAGAAGGAGAUUAACGCCUUCUUUGAGGAUGGCACGAUCCGCAUCGUUUGGGUGCCGGACCAUAGCAGAGUAACUGGGAAUGAGAAAGCAGACGAUUUGGCAGUGAAGGUCGAAGAACUGCAGUCAAUAAACUUGGUUAACCCAAAGCCUUUCGGGUUGACGCAGUCCGAGUUGAAGGAGUGGGCGACGAAAGCCCAUGUAACCGUGUGGAACAGCGAAACGGUCGGUAGGCCGGAGAAAAUAUUAUGGAGAGAUCCAGAUGGUGAGAAGACGAGGCUAUAACUGAAUGAACCAACUAUAGUGCCAUGGGGCGUCUAACAGAUACCGGCCCUUAGGUGGGGACACAAAACUGAAAAAUAAACCAACUAUAGUGACAUGGGGCGGAAUAAUAUCCGCACUCUCUUUUCAACCUAACCUAACCUAAUAUUCUUCUAUCUCUGUCACUCCCAAUAUAAAUCGUCCGGUUUUCACCUAUGAAACGUACAAUUUACGACCAAUAUGCACGAUAUUUGUGUAGUUGUUAGGUAUUAUUUCCCAUACUAACCCAUACUUUUCCUUGUCAUACAUUUAAGGAUUUUGGUAGUGGUGACAUAAUUUGAUAUCCUCUAUCGAUAUCCACCAUAAAACUAAAAUCGAGCAAAUGUCGCAUACAACAUUUUCGCAGGAAGAGCUCGAAAAUAUCAGCCCCAUCACUAAGCUCACUACACUGAGUUUAAAUUGCUUUCCAUAUGCUUUGUUCUUAUUCCCCGACUUGCCAACUUUUUACAACAAGUCGUCCUUUUGAUUGAAGAUCCGACUUUAUUUAUAAAUGUUACAAAAGGACAUCAGUCCAUUUUCCCAGUUUCAGUUUUCUUUUAGCACUCGAUCCUUUUGCUCAGUUCAAGCCCCUGUACCAACAAUCUACUCCAUAAGCUCGUAAUAACACAAAAUCUUUAAUAUGCGCAUGUAAAAAAUCCAAUGCUUUUUUAUUAACAAACUAUAGAAACGCAUAAGAAUUUCUAGUAUGAAAACUUAUGCACGAAAUACACGGGCCUUAUUUUUCAAAAAAAAAAAAGAAAAUGAAAAAGAGUAUUAAGAAAAAGAUAAACGAUACCUAUAAAGAAAAAAAAAAACAUUUGAAAUUAUAAUGGAAUAAAUGAAAGAUAUCUAACAAGAAUAAGAAUUUAUUUACUAACAAAAACCAAUUGUACUUUGUAACAGGGCGAGGGGUGACGAGAUCAUCAUCAGAACUCAAUGCCCCUGAGCCGAAUACACGAACUCUAGACGAAUUGAUGAUAUUUUUGUUGAAUAGUAUGAAAAAUCUAACAUUUUCCCAAGAAAGUGCACUAGUUAUUUAUUACAUACAUACAUACCGAUAUAGAAAAUCAUACCAUACACCCAUACAUACAAACAUUGAUACAUAUUUGUAUACUGCAUAUGUAUUGUAGCUAGAUAUGUAUGCCCAAACGACGAAGCAUAGCAAAAGUGUACCAAAGUGCAACUGAAAAGUAUAGAAAAAUUUUAUAAACUAAAGGACCUUUAGCCGAAUAAAGGUUAACAAAGCUUUUAAUGAAUAACUUAAUUAUUUUAUAAAGAAUAUAACGAUAAUUAGCUUUUGUGAAAUCCUAUUUCCCUUUUAAAUGCCUUUUUAGUAAAACCAAAACCAAAACAAAAUCACAACUAACGAAUAAAACCUUAAAACAUACAAAACAAAUAUUUGCAAGCUGAACUUGAAAGACGAUUUAGACUUUUAAUGAAUAAGUUUAGAAUAAUGCCACCUACCGCCCCUCAUGCACACUCCCUAGCCACAACGGUGUCAACACAAACUACCCCGAAACACACACACACACACCCACACACACCCACACACACCCAUAUGAAUCCAAAUGCAGAUGCAAACAGCUGAUAUAUAUAACAAAGAAAAAUGAAGAAGCUAAACUUCAAAGUCGUAGGCCAUUCCCCAAAAGAAAAACCACCCACAUUCAAACACACAGUCAUAUAAAUGUUAAGAGUAUACAAAUAUACAAAUAUAUAUCUAAAUAUCAUAGUUCUAAAAAUAAACAUAAUGAGAUUUAAGUGUAAAUGUCGUUUUCCUGCCUAACCAAGAGACGACGUCGAAAUGUGAACAAACACAAUUCAAAUGAAAAACGCCCAAUUCUUAUGAAGACAAUUUUGAAAAAUAAAACCGCAACUCUUCCUGCGUACGAACUACACUGCACACACUCACCCACGCCCACAUUCAUGAUGCAACAACCUUAGAGGUCCUUGUGGAAAAUGCAAUUGUGCACAAAGGGGAAGAAAGGACCUUGCGUUCAUGAGAUCAUCAGUCUGAGCAACAAAGCAUGACUCUGAAUGGUAUCUGAUGCUGGCAAUUUUUUCCAUAUGUUACAGAAUUUUAAAUUUUAUUGUCCCAAAAUGGUUUUUGUGGAUAGUCGCUCUAAACUCUUUAUACGUAGGCAAUAUGUAAUGAUCAAAUUCAUAAAUGCCUAUUAUUUAGAUGUGAUACAUUUUUUGGUGUACACGAAGAGAGAAAUUUAUACCACAAGAUAGUGUAGUAGCCAACCUUGAUAUCAAAAUAAUACCGGAUGGAGUAGAUGAUUUACAGCUUAUAAUACCAUUUGGUAUUGAAUUAAUGCACCACCUGUAUUCGAUGUAUAAUUACCCGUGAUGCUCCAACUAUUGAGUAUGUUAUAGUAAAAUAUUCCAACCACUUACCGCUUGCAUGAUGACGAUGAGCUUGCAGCAGGCUAAGAAAUUCUCAGAUUGUAAUUGUGAACAAAAAUUGAAAAAUAGCUCAAAUAAUUUUACAAACAAAAACAUUUGGUAAAUCGAUCAUAAUAACAAAUAUUAUCCUUUCUCUUGAUUUCCUUUACUGAUUAUGAUGAAGUUUCAAAAAAUCCAAAUUUUGCCAUGAACAUUCCACUAAGGCAUGUAUAUGUUAUUUGGAGCAUUAAUAUGGAUGCUCUUAAUAUUUUCCAAUUCAAUUGAAAUAAUAUGUUUUCCAUGGGACUAAGCUUUUCGGAAAUUCCAAACACAAAAUUUUCAGAGAGAUUAAUGUAAGAAUUUUUGAUUGUUGUUUAAUUGCAGAUAUUUGACGAGCAAGUAUUUCAAGAGAAAGUUACCUUUUCAGCCUUCUUUCAAAUUCAGAUUCAUAAUUUUUUUUUUGGCGAAGAUGGCUAAAACUUGCCGCAUGUCACAGCAAAUCUUUCAUAUUCUUGUUGAAGUCAAAAAAGGAUCUAAAAUGCCAUAAAGGUCUAGGUCACUUGCAAGAAAAAAAAACAGCAUCGAUUUAAAUGCGGUUGAAAAUAAAUCGCACCUAAUGCCAAACUACUCUAGUCGUAGCAAAGUAUAUCAAAGGACUUUCAAUCAUCUCUACUCUGCAUAUGACUGUAUUCGACAAAGGCGUUCUUCUCCUCACUAAGGUUCUUUGGACAAAAUACAGUUUUCUUCCCCUGAAUAUCCUUUAUUCAACAUGGAUUUGGGUAAAUGAAAAUUUCAUUUGGAUAAGCUCCACGUUAGAAAAAUGUUUGAGUCUAGCAGAUGUUGCACAGUUUUACCCCAACAAAAGUAGUAUUCCAUACCAACCCCCACCACCAAUGAAACCGACAUAAUUCGAAACUCUUGUCACAUUUUGUAUGCUUUGAAUUGAAUUCAUUUAUGCCUUUUCAUAGAGUCUACUAUUAACGACUUAUAAUUUUAGUUAACUCUUUCACACUCACACACUCAAAGAAACACACAACACGCAGUCCUUAUUCCUUCAGUCCAUCAAGCCUACAACAAAAUACUUUUCAAAUAAGUAUGCAUGUAAAUGAAAACAGAACAAACAAACAAAAAAUAUAAUAAAAAAAAAUAAAAAUAAAACAUUUUUAGGAAAGUUUUGAAAUUAUUGUAAGUGCAUGUGCAAUCGGCAGAGUAUAAAACAAAAAUAAAUUCCCCACAAAAAGCAACUAAACAUAACAAAACAAAAAAAAACUCAAAUCUCUUUGUAUGUGUACUGAAAUCCUGCAAGUAAAUGUUUAACAUGAAUCCUACAUUCAUUUACUACUCAUGCUACAUAUGUUCAACGCUCAAUCCAAAACCGUAUGCAAACAAUAAGAACAGCAACAAAAGCAAAUCAUAGCAAAUGAAAUGAAAUAAAAUCGCAAUUGUGUGUUUGAAUGUAAUGACAGCACAACAAUAACAAUGAAUGUCCUUAAGAACAACAAAACAUAAAGAAAAGAAAAAACAACAUAAAAAAAAGAACAAAAAGCUACCAACAUUUCGAACAUCAUUCCACCCACUGUUCAUCUGAAACAAGGCAAAAUAAAACAAAACAAAAAGAAAAGAAAAAGAAAGUCGCAAAUAAUAGAGCAAAUAAAAAAAGAAGAAACA